CUUGCUUGAUGAGGCGUGCCAUUUUCAGGGAAAUCUUUGGAGUAUGCUGUAUGAUACCAUUCCCACUGUCAUGAAAUACCUGCCAGGGCCCCAUCAGACAUUUUUUUAAAAAUGGGGGCAGUUGAAAUCCUUUGUGAGAGAAAUCAUUGAAAAACACAAAGAAGACUGGAACCCAUCUGAACCCAGAGACUUCAUAGAUGCCUACCUAAAUGAAAUGGCCAAGGAGGAUGCCCCUUCCAGUUUCCAUGAAGAAAACCUCCUACAAUCAACACUGGAUCUGUUUUUUGCUGGAACAGAAACAACUUCUGCAACCCUGCACUGGGCUUUGCUGUACAUGGCCAUUUACCCAGACAUUCAAGCCAAAGUCCAAGCGGAAAUAGAUUCUGUGAUUGGCCAGUCUCGCCAGCCAGCGAUGGAUGACAGGGGCGGCAUGCCAUAUACCAAUGCGGUUGUUCAUGAAAUUCAAAGAAUAAGCAACAUUUUGCCUUCGAAUGUGCCCCGGGUGACAACCAAGGACACUAUAUUGGCUGGGUUUCAUAUUCCCAAAGGAACCAUGCUGCUUACCAACCUGACCUCAGUGCUCUUUGACGAGGAUGAGUGGGAAACUCCAGAUAUGUUUAAUCCUGGCCAUUUCCUGGAGAAUGGUCAGUUCAGGAAAAGGGAAGCAUUCCUGCCAUUCUCUACAGGCGCAUUAGCCAAGAACACAGGUGUGGCUGCUCUAGUGGGAUCAGAUUCAGGUUUCCCUCAGCAGACAGCAGACCAAUCUGAAAAGGAACACCUAGGUGGGUUUGAAGAUGCUGCUGCAGCUGCUCUCUGUCCUCUGGGAGGCCUUGUCCCUGCAGGUCGUUCUGGUGUUUCUGGCUACAUUUCUACUUGUUGCUGAUUACAAGAGAAAUAUUCACCCAAGGAAUUACCCCCCAGGGCCCAUGCUUCUUCCUUUGCUGGGUAAUAUGCUACAUGUGGAUUUCAAGAAGCCUCACAUUUCAUUACAAAAGCUUAUAGAAAAAUACGGCAAUGUCUACAGUCUUCAGGUUGGAAGCAUGAGGUUUGUGGUUGUGAAUGGAUUGCAUCUGGUGAAAGAGGCUCUUGUCCAUCAGGGUGAAAACUUUGUAGAUCGACCAAAUAGUCCUGGUACCCAGGAAAUGUUUGGGUCAUCUGGGCUGGUCUUCUCUAAUGGUCUCAUCUGGAAACAACAAAGACGGUUUGCCUUAUCAACACUCAGAAACUUUGGUUUGGGCAAAAGGUCUUUAGAAGAAAGAAUACAGGAGGAAAGCCGUUACUUAAACGAAGCAAUAGAAGCUGAAAAAGGGCAGCCAUUUGACCCUCACUUUCAGAUUAAUAAUGCUGUUUCAAAUAUCAUCUGUUCCAUCACUUUUGGGGACCGCUUUGAUUACCAUGACAGCCGUUUCCAUAAUUUAUUGCACCUGUUUGAUGAGGCAAGCCACCUUCAGGGAAGUUUUUGGAGUAUGCUGUACGAUGCAUUUCCUACUGUCAUGAAGCACUUGCCAGGACCCCAUCAGACACUUUUUAAAAAAUGGGGGCAGUUGAAAUCCUUUGUGAGAGAAAUCAUUGAAAAACACAAAGAAGACUGGAACCCAUCUGAACCCAGAGACUUCAUAGAUGCCUACCUAAAUGAAAUGGCCAAGGUGAGAGAUGAAAAGGAGGAUGCCCCUUCCAGUUUCCAUGAAGAAAGCCUCCUACAAUCAACACUGGAUUUGUUUUUUGCUGGAACAGAAACAACUUCUACAACCCUGCGCUGGGCUUUGCUCUACAUGGCCAUAUACCCAGAAAUUCAAGCAAAAGUCCAAGCAGAAAUAGAUUCUGUGAUUGGCCAGUCUCGCCAGCCAGCAAUGGAUGACAGGGACAGCAUGCCGUAUACCAAUGCGGUUAUUCAUGAAAUUCAAAGAAUAAGCAACAUUGUGCCUGCGAAUGUGCCCCGGAUGACAACUAAGGACACUACACUCGCUGGGUUUCAUAUUCCCAAAGGAACCAUAAUGCUCGCCAAUUUGACCUCUGUGCUGUUUGACAAGGAUGAGUGGGAAACACCCAAUGAGUUUAAUCCUGGCCAUUUCCUGAAAAAUGAUCAGUUCAUGAAAAGGGAAGCGUUCUUGCCAUUCUCUGCAGGAAAGCGAGCUUGUCUGGGAGAGCAGUUGGCGAGGACUGAGCUCUUUCUUUUCUUCACUGCCCUAAUUCAGAAAUUCACUUUCCAGGCUCCAAAGAAUGAGACAUUAAGCCGUGAAUAUAGGAUGGGUUUGGCAUUGUCUCCUCUGCCAUACCGGAUAUGCGCAUUCUCUCGCUAAGGGACCCAUCUUAUAGCAUUGUCAUUUCUUUUAAAAGUCGGAUUAGUUUGUGGGGCAGAAACAUGCCUGUGGCUUAGUAUUAAUUAUGUUAAGCCGGAAUUGAUUAGGACUUCACCCAAGUAAGUAGGGUUGGGAUUGCAGCCUGUACCUUUAAAAAAAGUGCAUUCAAUUCACAUUUCCCCCCCUCAAGGAAUUCAGGCAACUAUAACUUAAGGUUGCUGGGAAUUGUAGCUCUCUGAAGGGUAAACUACAUUUCCCAUGAUUCUCGGGGGCGUGUAUGUAUGCAAAUAAUAUUGUUUCAUUGGUGAGGAUCCAAAUUCUAUCCCCCCACUUCUUGGUCAGGCGGUCUAUCCCCCAUCCCACUAUUUUUAAUAUUAUUAUGUCUGGUUGUAGUGAAGAAAAGGCAUUGCUUGCUCUAAUGGAAUUCCUGCCUAUGUUUAUAAAAUUAGAAAAUGUUGCUUCGAAAAUUUUGUUACAAAACCAAUUCAUAGACUCAUAGACUCGUGGAAUUUCAGAGUUGCAAGGGACCCCAGGGGUAAUCUAGGGCUGCCAUAUAUCUGGGUUUUCCCGGACACAUCCAGGAAUUGGGCUGCAAAAUGAUGUCUGGGCAGAUUUUUGAUGAAUUGGCAAAAUGUCUGAGAAAAGUAGGGGCAAUUUUUUAAAAAACAACAACAAAAUUUAUAGAUCCUCAUCUUAAAUUAAACAACCCCCCCCCAAAAAAAGCUCAACAACUUAACGCUGGGGAAUAUGGUCAACCCCCCUAUCUUUCACGCAAUGUGGGGCUCGAACCCAUGACCCUGAGACUAUCUCUGUUCUGUAUUGUUGGCCCAAACCCCAAGGCCAGAGUUUAAAUGUGCUUCUAAAUAUAUGGGUUAAGCAUAGAACUCUUGAGUUGUAUGGUGGACAAUGAAUAUUCCCCAGGUUUUAUUAUUUUCCAAAAACAAUUUUGUUGUUCUUUAAUAAACAUGCUGGAUAACAAGGUGAAAACUGAGUCUGCAAAGUGUUUUCCAUGAAAAUAGUUAAAAGUGGCAAUUUGGCUGUCAGGGAGUGCAUAUUGCUGGCACUCACAGGGGCAGGGGCAGAGGAGAAUGUCAAAAGAUGUAUGCUCCAUUUCCAUCAGUACUAUUGUGUCAAGUUGAAAACAUUCAAGCAGAAAUUUCCUGGGGAUAUUGUGCCUGCAGUUCUUUGAGAGUCUUGGGCUUGAUGUAUGCUUGGCCUGAACCAAUCUCUGC